UUGGUUUGGUUUGAUCAAGUCUUGGAACCACGACGCAGGUUAUGUUUGAAAAUUGAAAAAGAGUAAAUAAGAAUAGUAAAAAAUCAUUAUGUGAACGAGAAAGUCUGCGUGUUCUUGCUUCUGUAUUUAAAGACUUUGUCUGACACAUCCACUUCAUCAAUCGUUUCUCUUUCUCCUUCUUCUUCUUCUUCUUCUUCUUCUUCUUCUUCUUCUUCUUCUUCUUUUUCUUUAGAAACAACACAAACCCCAAAAACUUAAAAAAUAACUCUACAGAGAUGGCUGUUGGAAUCCUUGAGGUUAGUCUGAUCAGUGGCAAAGGUCUCAAGCGCUCUGAUUUUCUUGGUAAGAUAGAUCCAUAUGUUGAGAUCCAAUACAAAGGGCAAACCCGCAAAAGCAGCGUUGCUAAAGAUGGAGGUAGAAAUCCGACAUGGAAUGAUAAAUUGAAAUGGAGAGCAGAGUUUCCUGGCUCCGGCGCCGACUACAAACUCAUCGUCAAAGUCAUGGAUCAUGAUACUUUCUCCUCUGACGAUUUCAUUGGCGAAGCCACGGUACAUGUGAAAGAGCUAUUGGAAAUGGGAGUGGAGAAGGGAACGGCGGAGCUAAGGCCAACCAAGUACAACAUUGUUGACUCCGAUCUCUCCUUUGUCGGCGAGCUUCUCAUUGGAGUUUCUUACUCUCUUUUGCAAGACAGGGGAAUGGAUGGAGAACAGUUUGGAGGAUGGAAGCAUAGCCAAGUUGAUUAGUUUGGUUUCUUAAAACUGCUGAUUUUAUCUUCUUCUUCUAUCUUUAGUGUCAACAUCAUUAAGAUAUUCAUAAGUACAAAAAAUUAUUUAAAUUAAAAUGUAUCAUGAUUUGUUGGUUGUGGGGAAUCUUCUUGAUUUAGUAAGAGCAUGUGUAUGAAAUUGAAAUCUCAUUGUAUUUAUAAUUUAUAUUUUACAUAAAUGUAUCAAAAUAAUGUUAUAAAAAAAAGGAUUGGUAAC